GGGAGCGCCUCUCCCGUACUUGUCAUACCGGUGGUUCUUCUUCGUCGUAGUAGAGCUCUAGUUCUAUUUUUUCUCUGCCACCUCAAAAAUUCUAGUUGUUGCCACAACGAUAUUAAAAUGGCCGCUCAAGACACAUUCGUCGUGCAGCCGCGCGCCGACCGGAUGACGUUCAUGACCCGCGCUGGCCUGAUGAAGACGCCGGCGGUCGCGCCAGGGUUGGUUUCCACUGCUGCAUCGGCGGGCCAAUACGAAAUUCGUAUUGGCCCCCCGAUCCAAUGGAACGGGCCACGAUGCUUUUCUAUGCAUUGCAGAAGCAGCGUACUAGUAUGAAUUGCAUUACAAAUUUGCUCAUCAUGAGAAAUAAGAUUUGUCAUGCUGUUUUACCUUUGGAUGGAGAUUUGUAGUGCACAACUGCGAUUACUACGAGUACGAUACUUUUGCAUUGCAUACUUUCCUUCGUCGCCAACGCGCCGGCGUACCGGGCCCACUUAUCCUGUGUAAAAGUAUCGUACCCGUAGUAGUAAUUGCAUUUAUGCAUUUCUCGAGGUCACUCAGCACUACAAAUUGAAUUUGUAAUGCUGGGGGAAUUUGUAAUGCAAUUUAUACUAGUUGUGCGAUGCUUUUGCAUUGCAUACCACUGCAGCAGCGGUGACGGUGGCCAGUUCAUCCGGCUGACGCGUAUCAUGCGUAAUGUUGAGGCACCAGCGUCAUGCCUGGGCGCCGGCGCGCUUUUCAUAUAUAAAAACUGCGCUGCCUAUAGUCGGCCCCUCGCCCCACCCGUGUUUAUUUAUCUGAAUCUGACUGCGUUGUUAUUUUGGUUUUCGUUUUGCAAAAGGCGAGGGCCUCUAUUUUCGUAGAAAACGCGAAGUGUUAGUGUUGUCACGUGUGGCGCUGGUACUACAUUUAUUUUCCGCACGACGCCUACCCUCUCGCCGGCCGAGAAACACCUGUACAGUGUGCGACCCCCACCAGGGAUGACCUACGCCGACGCCAGGCCCCCGGCGGCGGCUUUGCGGCGCAGCUACGCGGUGCCGAGCGACCUGCAGGACUUGGGUCGCGCGGGCAAGCAGAAGAAGUAGCUUCGGCGUCUUCGAUCGCAGCCGAUUUUCAUCUUCGGGCAAACCGAAAUAUAACGACGAGGAUAGACUAGGAGAAAAAAGUAGCGCGCGGAGCUAAUGGUAGAAAUGGGGAGGCAAGUCGCGCACUAUUCUGGAUGAUACCAAGUAAGAACAGCACCAGGCUACAAAUGAUCCACUCAGAUGCGUCGCGUGCUUCUAGUUAUCAAAAGGCAUUGAUGAUAAAGAUAAAAAGGCCGCUCUCCGUCCCAGCAGACAAUGAUAGUUCGUAGACAAGUAUAUCAAAUGAACAAGGAACAAUACUUCAUCAAAUAAACGAGGAACACUGAUACCGAGCUAGUUGAUACAAAAGUAAGCUUUCUCAGCUUCGCCGUGGGCCACCACGUGAAAGGUGCAGUACAAGAAUUUUCAAAAAACCACCACGCUCGACUUCCUGUCUUGCUCAAACAUUGGCUUGGAAGUAGAUUAUUGAGCCGAACAAUCGCUAAAUUUGCGAUGCAUUUCUACAACUUGAAAACAC